UCCAGUGUUUGAUUGUGGGAAAACAUUUUCCAUUUGGAAAAUCAACUCCAAAAGACGGGAAAAUGCCUUACAAUUUUUGGGAAAUUGUCUUACCGUUUCAAUUUCCGUAAGACAUUUUCCUAAAGCUUCCAGGCAUUCUUCUCCCUUCAUCCAGUAAGCUUCCUUCAUCCAAUCUUCUCCCUUCCUUCAUUCCUUCAAAUUUUUUCCUAAAGAUGUUCUUCUGUUUCUUUUCACACUACCAGUGUGGCCUUUGCUUCUAUUUUUUCUGCUCCUGUGGGGGAUAUCCCUAAGAUUUUCCUUUUUAGUUUCCCUAAAUCUUGAGAGGAUGAGUUGGCAAUGAAAUUUUACUUAAAGCUGCAAAUGAAGAACACCCUUUUAGUUAGACACUUCGUUUCCUUGCUUAUUGUUGGAUUUUGUUGUUUGAGCUCAGUUCCAGUUUUGGCUCAAAAUGGACCGCUCACAGAUUAUGUCAAGCUCAUUUCUGGAGGGGUGAAUUUAGGUGCAUGGAAUAAUGAGAUAUCAGAACUGCCACAAGCACCAGCGCCAACAACUUAUGAGUCUCCAAGCACGCUGGUGUUGGCAGCACAAAGGACAAAUAGGCCAGACCUUCUGCGCCAUUUCAAGCAUUAUCACGGUGGUUGGAAUAUUACCAACCGCCACUACUGGGCGAUUGGAUGCAUUCUUCUUUCGGUUGGGCAAGAUGAGUUUCAUGGUGAAGUGUUGCAUACUUUGAAAUAUGUUGUAAACCAGUCAGACUACACUGUGCAAAUCCUAAAUAAUGUUACACAAUACCUUUCUCUUGCAAAAACCAUCAAUGUGGCCGAGUUGUUCCUUCCUUCCAAUGCCAUUACUGACACUGACAAGUUGAACAUAGAUCUAAAUGCAGCAGCAGAUACACUUAGAGAGAAGACCGAUGAAAACGCUGUCAAAAUAAGAAGAGUCUUCAAUGCUGUGCAAUUGGCAUUGAUCUCCGUGGCAGCAGUGAUGCUAAUUUUGGCCCUGCUUGGUCUUUUGUUGUCUGUUCUAGGGCACCAACAUGUCAUUCACAUAUUCAUAGUGAGCGGCUGGUUACUAGUUGCUAUUACUUUCAUCCUUUGUGGAGUUUUUGUAAUCCUGAACAAUGCGAUUUCCGACACUUGUUUGGCUAAGGAAGAAUAGGUGGAAAAUCUGCAUGCAGAUACUGCACGUAGCAACAUACUUCCUUUUAUGUGGUGUAAUAUUAUGCACUUGGACAAUGUUAUUACUAUGUGGUGUACUAUUAAUUAUGUAUUUGGAUAAUAUUAUUAUUUUCUAGUACUCAUUGUGGUUUCGAAGUAAUUUAUAAUUAUUCAAUAUUUAUUUUUUUAACACAAUUACAAUUAAUUUAUUUGAUA